AUCUGAUGCACUGGAACUCCACACUGUACAGCAGCAUUGAUGAGGCAGUAGGGAAGAAGCACGGCAUAGCUAUUAUUGCUUUGUUUGUGCAGAUAGGGCAAGAGAAUGUAGGCCUAAAGGCUGUAACUGAAAUUCUCCAGGACAUCCAGUACAAGGGAAAGUCCAAAACAAUACCCUGUUUUAAUCCCAACUCUUUAUUGCCAGAUCCUCUUCUGCGUGACUACUGGGUAUAUGAGGGCUCUCUAACCAUUCCACCCUGCAGUGAAGGUGUAACCUGGAUAUUAUUUCGCUAUCCUUUGACUGUGUCCCAAGUACAGAUAGAGGAAUUUCGUAGACUGAGGACACAUGUUAAAGGUGCUGAGCUUUUAGAGGGCUGUGAUGGAAUCCUAGGAGAUAACUUCAGACCAACUCAGCCACUUAGCGAUAGAGUCAUCAGGGCUGCAUUUCAGUAGCAGAAGAGGAAGAAGAACAAAAAUACAUCUUUAUUUAGAGAGGGGGAAGACAAUGCUCUCACAGUGCCCUCGGAUGAGAAAUGGAAAUUUUUGAGGCUGCUGCUUUAGUUGAACUACAAAGCCUGUAUUGUUUGUCUUCAUCUAAUUCAGCCUUGAUAGACAGCUGUGACAGUUUGUCUGUCCGCACGGUCCAGUGAAAUUCUGGGAAUGGGGCUGUACAUUAAAAGAAGAAAACACGUUAAAUCUUCCAAUUCACACUGUUAACUAUUUUUAAAUGGUAGUUAUCAUUGCUUGUAUAGUUUCUUUGCUAUAGCAUUCAAUAGUGGUCUAUGAUCCAAAUAGUACUUAUUUUAAGCUUGGUAUGAAUGUUAAUAUGUAGAAAUACUCAUUAUUGUUUGGAAUGUUAGAUUUAAUUUUAUUCUGUACCAUCUCUUGUGCUGUCAGUAACCAUCUUUUCUGUAGAGGGGAGGUGCAUUCUAUAAAGCUAAUAAAAACUUCAUUUGUUCACA